CCAGACAUCACUUCUUUGGUGGAAACUUCAGUGACAAGUUUAGCUCCUGCUGUGAUCAGUGCGCGUAUCCCUUAAGUAACCAAGGACUUAUAAAGCUAUAUAACCCCCCAACCAUCCGCAAAUCGCAUAACGAAUUUAAUCCAACAUGAAGUUCAGUGCUGCUUUGGCUCUGCUGGUGAUCGCUGGAUUCGUGGCCAGCGGCGAUGCCCUGCCCGCCAGGAAAAAUCGGCAAUACCUCGUUCCAGGAAUGGUCUACUACCAGCAGCCCGCAGCCGCCGAGUGGUACGGUUCCGCGCCCCAGCAGCGCAUCAUGUACAUGCAGUACGUGCAGCCAGGACGCACCCAUGCCCGCUCCACCCAGGCGGCCAGCGCCCUUGUGGCCGGAGAGACCGUUGCCACCGGCACCUACCUGAAGGAUUGCAAUCAUGCAGAGUCUGCGGAUGAGCUCAGCGGCGAGGUAGCCCAGGUCGAGGAUGUCCUGGCCGCUGCCGGUGCCCAUGGAGCCACUUCCGUGGCCGAGGCCUAUCCCGAGGAGGCUCCCGUUGUCCAGGUGGCCAUCGAUGCUGAUGUCGUGCCUGAGGCUGAGCCCGAGGUUGCCGUUGCCGUCGUGGAGAACGAUGAUGCCGCCAAGGUGCCACGUGAAUUCAACUUUGUCUCCGAGGAAGCUGCCGCCGCCGCAGUUGCCGCAGAGGAGGAGGCCAUCGCCGAGCCCGUCGCCGUCGAGGCUGAGCUGCCAGCUCCCGCUCCCAUUGCCCCUGUGGCUGCCGUUGUGCCCGCCAUCCGUUACCUGCCCGCCAAGAAGAAGGUCAUUGUCGAGCUCGAUCAGUCCCCCGAGGAGGAUGAGCCCGAGGUCGCUGCCAUUGAGGAUGAGGAAGCCGAGAACACCGUUUCCGACGAUGUUGACGAAGAUGAGGAGCAGCUGGCCGUGCCCGUCAAGCCGGUGAUCCAGAACCCAGCCCGCGUGCCCAAUGCCCGUCGUCCAGCGGCCAAGAAGCCAGUCAAGGCUGCCGCUCCAGCUGCCAAGCCCUCGAAGAAGCCUGCCGCUCCCCUGCCUGCCGGCAGCUUCUUCCCCAUCAAUUUCGGAGGUACCAGCGGCGGCGCCAUCGCCAUUGCCAACUCCUUCAGCACCGGCGAGGGUGGAGCUGCCACCAGCCAUGCCAUCGCCUAUGGCUCCCCCGACUCGGUGCGUGCCCGCGUCCGUCCCAAUCCCAGCAAGUUCCGCCACUAAGCCACCGACUGAUGACCAUCCAUCCACCACAUCUUGCUAGAUCCAGUCUGUAAAUUAAAGAUUCUCCUGUAAUUAUUAGCGAAAUUGUCAACCUUUGAGCGCAUUUAAAUAAAGUUAUUUCUGUUCUUUAAACGCCA